CGCAUGGAGAGUUUGCGAGCACGUGUGGGGGUUCCUCCCUUCCAGUCUGUCCGUGGCCUCCUCGCCCCGGUAUGCAGAUCCAAGACUCAGCCAAACCCUCCUGAUCCCCUAUUUCCCUCUCUCCACCUUUCCCAUGAAGAAACAACCCGGCGUUACGUCAGAAAGUGCAGGGCAAGCAAGACAGCGUCUUAGGAGCUAUUCGUAGGCAUUGCUGCCAAACCCGGGGCUGCUCACGAGCUCACUGCAGCCAAUGCAAUUUACAAAUCCAACUCUUUUAAAGCAGCAGCAGUAUGUGGUCUCUGUUGCUGGCACAAUUGCGCAAAAAAAACCCAACAGUGUAAACAGUGUAAAGAUAAAGAGUAGGCUGGUUUACCCUUUAGCCUCACUGAAAACACCAUGACAUGAUGAAGCAACAGGGAUUUUUGACGCACAGAGAGUUCUGCAGCAUUUUUUGCAUUUGAUUCUUUGCUGAUCUGAAAAAAACAACAACAAUGCCCCACGCUCGAAAUAGGAACCCUAGCCCCAUCCCAGAAGUAACAUGGGACACGGGAUUGAAGGAGAUGAACGAGACCUGGAAAGGAGCUAUUGCCUGUCUCGGGGUGGCCGUCUUCUUUGUCAUGACCAUCGGGAUCAUAUACUGGCAAGUGGUGGACCAGCCCAACAAGAACUGGAUCCUCAAGGGGACUUUUAGCGGACUGAUCUGGGAGAGAAGAACCCAAUCGCUGGUCAUACAGACCCUGACGGAGGACAAGACCUAUGUGGAGAUAGACGUCGGGAACGUGGGGAACCCCGACAUCGAGGUUCCCUUCGUGAGGAACCUGUGCUGGCUGAAUAAAACAGAGUUCUGCUAUACGUGGGACUCGGUGGCCGAGGUGAAGAUCUCGCUGGAGGUGAAUGAGGAGACGGAGACGGAGUGUUACAGCAUGACUUGGGCGCCGGUGCACUGUCAUGUGGAGCUGAAGGACUGCUUCUCCAUGACCAAUGUGUCCUGGUACGGCGGAGCCAGUGUUCGGGGUCAGACCUGGCCGAUCAACAAUCAAAACGCCACCACGCAGCCCUUCGUGGUGAGUGAUCUUAAGGACAAUCCCUCUGGCUUUGGCUCUGCCCUGGAACGCUACUUCCUGGGCUCAUCAGGUGUUGCUGUGCUUGUAUCUCCAGAUAUUCCCCUGCAGCUGGGGGUGGACAGUAGACAGCAGUUCUGCCUGCAGUCAUUGCCCAGUAUGGAGCGUCUCCCUCUGCAGUACACUGUGUGUGUGGCCUACGACAUGAAAGCUGCUCACCAGGAAGCAGUGCAGCAACUCUCCCAGCAGAGCAGGGAGCUGCCCAACAUGAAAGCACUGUGGCUGCCAUUCUGGAAGCUGCUCACCAAUGUGGAUUCAGGGCCGAAGGUGGAGAGGGAGCUGAGGACCUUCUCCAAUCGUCUGAGGAGACACCAGCUGGGGGAGGGAGUCAUCAGUCUCAAUGAACAUUCCACCACCCUCCUCUCUGACACGGACCACGACUACCUCAACAGCAGGAAAAGGGGGAUGUCCAAGAGACUGACCAGGGACCUCCCACUUGUCAAACUUCUUAACAUUUCCAUCACCCUGUCCCCUUUCCUGGGCGUGGGCACCACGCAGUUCCACACCUCCCUCAUGGAUGGCACCGAGGCCUACUGGCUCAGUCUUCCCUCAGACCCCCAGGGACAGCUGAUCCCUGUGAUGAGUCACUGGCGAGGAAAGUUCUGUGUAAAGCUGAAUAUCACCAACCCAGGAGCGGUGAGCUGGUUCCUGGACAGAGUGGGUUCCCUGCAGGUCCAUUUGGGGAUGGAGUAUGUCAUGCUGGAGGGAGGAGAAGGGAAUCUGUUUGAGGAGCAAGCCCUGCGGUCACCACAGGCUCUCUGGGGAGACAAGUACAUCAGCCAGCUGGCCGACCUGGCCACAAGGAUAGGAGACUCCACCAUUGUGACAGCAGGGACACGAUCGAGCCACAAGCCUCUCUUUGUCAGGAUGACCCCCUUGCUGUCCGACUGGAGCCCAAUGGGCUUGAAGGGCAUCAUUCCCUCCCUGCUCCACCACACUCUGCUGGGAUACAACUUCCUCAUUCCUGAUGCAGUAGGUGGUACUCUGUCUGGAGACCUGGUCACAGACGAGGAGUUGUUCAUCCGUUGGCUGGAGAUCACAGCAUUUCUCCCUGUUAUCAGCUUCCACACGCCACCUUGGGUCUUUGGAGAGGACAGGCUGCUAAACCUAACUCGGACCUACAUAGCAAAGCACCAGAGGGAUGUGGUCCCACUGAUAGAAAAGUAUGCAGAGGAGUGGCAGAUGACGGGAAACCCCAUCUACCGGCCGAUGUGGUGGCUCAGUCCCAGUGACCCCAUGACCUUCACCAUCGAUGACCAGUUCCUCAUCGGAGAUGAGGUCCUGGUGGCACCAGUGGUGGAGAAGGGAGCGGUGCAGAGGGAUAUUUAUUUACCUAAUGGAGGCUUCCAGUGGCAGGACAGCCAGAAUGCUCAGGUGUUUGAUGGGGGGACGUUCUUACAGGACUACCCUGUGCUGGAGGAGGUGGCCGUUUUCUUACGGAGAAGCUGAGUCAUAUGACUCAUCCUUUUACUUUUUUUGAAUCAAAUUCUUUUAAAAAAAUACUUGUGCUGUUCUCAACUUGCACUUUUCCACUAAAGACCAUUGACCCUGUCUCAAGGCCCUGUCUUGAGAUGAUAUGUCGAAAGAUUUUUUUUAUAUACCUGCACUUUACAGUUCAAAAUGAUUUGUGUGUUGUUUUUUCUUUGUGACAAUGUUUUUUUCUUCCUUUUUUAAAAUGUUACUUGGUUUUACCUCUUGGCUGAUUUGUUUUCGGACUUUUUGAUCUGUUAUGCCUUCUUUUUUCUUUUUUUUUGUUCAUAUACAAGUUCCGGAGAAAUCUGUGUGUUUACAUACUGCAUUUCUACAGUCUUUAAAUUUUUAGUUGCUGCUGGCUCUCUUGAUAAGGAGGAACAAAGCAAACCCCUAGGUUGCUUAAAAAUAAUCUGAAUCUCUCAAGAAGACCAAAUGAAGAUAUAGAAAGACAAAGGAAAUAGUUUGAAAGGGCUUUUUUGGGGAAAUGCAUAUUGGGAGGAAAUUAGCUCAGAGAAAAAGCCUCGCACCAAGACAGACACACCGUAUGUCUUGCUCACUAAUCGGAAAGGCUUUUACUUGAACUUAUCAGGCCAACAGGCUGAUGUUUUAUGAAUGUAUCUCAAGUUAGGGUUUGUCACUGCUUUACAGAGUCAUCAGACACGCCAAUCUGUCACCCCUUAGCACUUAUUCUUAAAGUAGUUUAACUUAAUAGAUCAACAUACCACUCUGAACAUGAGGCCAAGCCUCUGAAGUUGUAACCCUGGCUGUGUUUGAAUUUAGCCUUUACUGUCUUGCUAAGCUGCUGAAGUAAGGGUUUUAAUUGGGCUGCUCAUUCAUUUUUUUACUAACUCUUUCUGAUGCUGUGUUGAUCUGCGCUUUCAUGAAUGCACAAUUAAGUUCUACAGAAAGCCUUGUUGACGACACCACAGAGGUUGAAAGGAGGUUUUUAAUAGAUGGUUAGACAUGUUGGGAUAUAUAUGGAUAUAUGAAUGUGAAGCUACUGCCGGUUCGCUUAGCAUAGUGUAAAGACUGGAAAUACAGGGAAACGGCUAGCCUGGCCCAAACGUAACAAAAUCUGACCACCAGCACGUCUAAAGCUCACUAAAAGGUUAUAUCUGAUUGGUUUAUCUGCAUAAAAAUGAACUUUUGUUUUAAAAAGGGUUACGUGUUGGACUAUUUUCUUGGCCAGAAGCAAUGACUUCCUCCAGUUUCCAGUUCUUAUGCUAAGCUAGCGGUCUCUGGGCGGUAGACUUUAUAUAUUUAGUGUACACACAAGAGUGGUAUUAAUCUUCUCAAGUCUCAGCAAGAAGGCGGAUAAGCAUGCUUCCCAAAAUGUCAAAGUACUCCUCUAAUAGGACGACACGGGAAAAGAGCACUUCAGACCCCGAAAUACAUACAAACAAAGCUCUCAUAAGAAAUUUCUAUCGCAGCCUUCUUGAUUUUUAUCAGAAAUUGUUUUACCUGAGAAAGUUUACCUGACACUUAAAGUCACAGAGGUGCAGUGGCCUCUUAAACCCUGAUGAGUGAUUACAUUUCUGCCCUCAUGUAUACCUUCAAUUAGCUUACUGUCUGGACUGUCCUUUUAAUCACAUCCACUUCAAUCGCUUGCAUUAUUUCAGUAGCGUUACUUAUGUAAGAUAUUUUUAAAAUUUGGUUUGAACCCUGACUAAAUUCUUUAAGCAAAUGAUAUGUACUUUGUGAUUAUAUGCUAAACUAGCCCAUGGAUACCUUUACACCAUGAUGCAUUGCUAUGUACAGUUAGUUGAGAAUGCUCUGGCAGUGCUUUUCUUUUAUUAAUUUGUUCCUCACAAGACAAUCUUAGCUGGCCAGCAGUGAUGAUACAGACUCUGAAACUUUAUCACUUAGUGAAUGCUUUACCACUAAACUGACUGUGUAACUUUGAUCUAAACAAGUUUACUGUAUCACCUCCAAUACUCAGGUCUACUGAAGCUUAUCACAUCACCAAAUGUCUUAGUGCAACGCAGUAUGUUGUGAACACAUCAACGUCUUAAUCUCUCCUAGAGCUGAAUGUACAAUGGACAAACUGUGAUUUCCCAACCGAGCCCUUCGUGUGAAGAGCUUUUCCCGUUCUAAUGCCUUUAUGGAAUGCUGUGGUAUGUUCACGUACAAUUUGCGGGAAGAGCUUUAAUGUGUUAUUCCUUCCCUCUACAGACCGAGCGAACCAUGUGCCUUAAUAUGCCACUAUUAAAUCUGGACAACACGAGUGUCUGGAUUAUUGCAGUAUCAGCAAUGUACAUAUUACGAUGACUGUGCCAUUACAAGUGUUUUUUCUCUUCUGUAAAUCAGAGAACUUAGAAUGAUAACGUUGCAAUAAAGUUUACAUUUUCUUACUUCA